AUGUCGCUUUCGAUCGCAUCACCCGCAUCCGCGGUCCGCCCCUCGAUCGCGUGCUUGUCCCGCCGUCGCCCCGUCGGGCGAUCGUCUCGCUCCCAGAUGCGUGUGGAGGCUGCCUCGGUGAAGGUAACGAUCACGCCGUCCGAUGGAGGGGAGUCCAUCACCACGACCGUGGACACUGCCAGCGUGCUCCGUACCGUGAUUCUUGACACUGGCGCGCAGCUGUACGGCGGCAUGGACAGAUUGAUGAACUGUGGCGGCAUGGGCAACUGCGGCACCUGCCUCGUGGACGUGGUGGAGGGAGCCGAUCUGCUGUCCGAGCAGACUGAGGCGGAACUGAGGAAGGUCAAAGCCGGCAAGCUGAAGGAGGGCUGGCGCAUGUCCUGCCAGUGCCUCGUGGGCGGUGACGCGGCGCCGGAGGGUGCGGAGCUCAGCGUGGUGGUGCGACCUAAGAAGUAG